AUGAGUGCCGCCGUGCCCUGCUCCCUCCUCUCUUCCUCUGUCUCCUCUCACCUCGCUCAUCCCCCAAUCUCUCUGUCCCCAGGACGAACAGGAGCAUGCCAUGGCCUCGGAUCCGCGCCGCCGUCGCCGGAGAACGUCGCCCGCCACCGGUUCUUCGACCACAACUACCGGAUCAAGUUGCCCCGCCUCCGAUCUACCCGUUCCCGGCCACCCCAACCUCGCCUCGUCAUUGGGCGCGCAGAGAGACGGCCAUGGCCGCCCGAUUGCCGAGCGCCGCCGGCCAAGGUGGCUGCCCGAUGCACGAGCGCCGCCGGCCAAGGACCCGCCGGCGUACAGACCCCCUCCACGCCAUCCCCAUCUCGCCGGAGACCUGCUCCAAGUCUGGCCGCCCUCCAAACAGGUGCCACUCCUCUCCCUGCUUCGCUUCCUCCAUUGUCGCCUCGCACUGUUGCUUCCCCGUCAGAUGCAGCACAGGUCAUUGGUGUACAUCUGUACAUCCAAAAUUUUCUGCAGAAAAUCAGUUUAUAUAGGUAUAUGACAAAAAAUACUGCCUGUCGUCAGUACGCGGAGACAGAGGCCAAGGAUGACCGGCAACUCUUGGAGGAGGACACCUCAAAUCAGUCUGGGAAGUUGUCGUCGUUUUCCUCGGGCAGCAAUGCAAAAUAUUGUAAUGAUACUUAUCAACGUUUUUAUUUGGUUGUGCAGUACUCGCUAGGUGCUUGA